AUGGGUGCUUCGUUCUUCACACUGUUCCUUGCCGGAUGGAAUGGAGGCUCCACUGGUGCUCUCAUCCCCUACAUCGAGAAGGCCUUCGCUAUAACCUACGCACAUGUCGCCAUCUUGUUUGUCUGCACGUUCGUAGGUUACCUGGUUGCAGCCGCUGGAGCUGGAGCUAUGGCGCGGAGAAUUGGUUUCGGUUAUGCGUUCUGUGUUUCCGCGAUCGUUGAGUUGGCCGGGAACAUCAUCAACAGCUCGCAGCAGAAGAGUUUUUCCGUGAUGUGUUUUGGCUUCUUCGUCGUAGGAACUGCUUUUGCGACCCAGCUUGGACUGUGUAACGCGUACUUCGCUACCCUGCCCAAACCACUUAUGUGGACCGGCCUCUUGCACGGCAUCUACGGCUUGGGCGCGUUUGCAAGUCCAUUAGUUGCGACCGCUAUGGCGAGUCGUGGUAUCCCGUACCACUUCUUCUACCUGACCAACGUUGGGAUGAACAUCCCCGUCCUGGCCUUAGCAUGGCUUGCUUUCCACGACUUGCAUUCCCUUCCACAGCAUCCCGCUGAAAAUGGGUCAGAAAACGGCGAGAACAUGACCAACUCUGCGAUCAGUGGCGCUAUUCUGAAGAGCCGUGCCGUAUGGACGUUAUCCAUGUUUCUUCUGUUCUACGUCGGCGGUGGUUGGAUUGUAUCAUACACGCUGGAAGUGAGAAAAGGCAGCCCGGAAGGAGCGUCCUGGGUGGCUUCGGCUUUCUAUCUCGGUGUCGCGGUCGGCAGGAUCGCGCUUCCCGCCCUUAACAUACUCAUGGGGGAGCGACUCGCGGUCUUCGUCUAUCUACUGUGCGCCAUCGGUUUGGAGUUCAUGGCAUGGUGGAUUCCCUCCUUCGCAUCCACAGCCGUGUGCACGGCUUUCGUUGGCCUUGCUAUCUCCACGUUCUACACGGCUGCGAUCAUAGCUGGCGGGAAGCUGAUCCCUCGCAGCAUGCAUGCGGACGCUUUUGCGCUUAUAAGCUCCAUCGGGCAGAGCGGCAGCGCGUUGUGGCCGCUGGUGGUCGGUGUCAUGAGCACGAGGAGUGGUAUUUGGGUCGUGGAGCCGACUGUGGUAGCGCUUCUGGGAGCGCAAGGUAUUUGCUGGGCGUUGGUGCCUCGCGUAGCCAGGAGGACGGAAUGA